AUGAAAUCCACAAAGAGAAACACUUUUUUUGGCUUGGCAGCCCUUGGGGCACUAGGACUGGGGUACUCUGUUUACAAGAGUUUUAUAACGUCCGACAAAUCCUCAUCUCUUAUCAACCUAGGCAUCAACCAAGAGAGGAAAUCAUAUACGAGGCAAAAAGUCGCCAUCAUCGUCUCAGAGAGUAUACUAGCAAUACAAUUACCUAUACAGGAGAUCCUCAAAAAUACCAAAGACGUCGUGUUUGUGCUGGCGCCGACAAUAGCCAAGGACGAAUUUCUACGAGAGAACGAGGUGGACUCUGGUCUCUCCUUCAAAGUCAUUGAGACAGGCACUGCAAUAGGUUGUUUCCACGUAUUGAAGCACAUUAAAGCUACUUAUAACAUUUUCAACUUGCACGAUUUCUUGCCGAGUUCAACGAAGACUUCAAGUGAUAAUGAACAGUUGACUUUUGACUUGGAAGAAUAUGUCAAUCUCCAUCUCAAUAACUUUCUUCAAAACGUAGUUGAACUACCAAGUGACUCAACUUCUAUUCAAGAAACAGUGAAUCAAUAUAUAUACAAUUAG